GCAAAUCAUCAGUCAGCUGAGGCAUUUUUCUUAUCCAAACAAAUAUCUAAAGGCAGCUACUUUCGCAGCUUUUUCCUUAUCCAUUAUAUGGUUUUUUAAUUUGUUUUCCACACUUCAUUGCCACUAUAAAUAGGCCGAUCAAUCCCAACAUUCUCCACAACCAAGCCUAGCUCAAUUACUCAUCAUCUGACAUUCACACACAAAGCUUUCUUGCAUUCCAAGGAAACCAACCCACCAACCCUUUUUGUAAUGGAGAGUGUUAGAGAAUUGGCUUCAGAGAAGGCAGCAGUGAUCUUCACCAAGAGCUCAUGCUGCAUAUGCCACAGUGUCAAGUCGCUUUUCUACGAGCUCGGUGCAAGCCCUGCUAUUCACGAGAUUGAUCGAUACUCAAAUGGGAGGGACAUGGAGUCAGCGUUAAGGCAGCUCGGGUGCAACCCUUCUUUCCCUGCUGUGUUCAUAGGUGGGAAGUAUGUAGGCUCUUCAAAGGAUAUCAUAUCCCUCCAUGUUGAUGGGUCUCUAAAGCAAAUGCUCAAAGAUGCAAGAGCCAUCUGGUUCUAGCUAUCCAGCUAUGUGUUAUACUAAUUACACAGAAACCAAGCUAUAUGAAUAUGCUUGUUAAUGUGCUGUUAAUUAGCUCUGUAUGUAAACACAGAAACUAGCCCCAGUACCAUGCUUAUUACGGAACAUGAAGUAUUGGGGUUUUUACUUUUUCUACUAUGUACCUAAUUAUCUGGCUACAUAUGCUUGAAAUGCAAGUCAGAUCAUCAAUAUGAAAAAUAUUAUAUAUA